CUUUGCUGCUGUGGCUGAAUGGCGCGCGCCCUGAGGGCAAAGCUGGCUCUCCCCUCCCCCCUCCCGGGUCUCUCCGACUGCUCCGCUCGGGCUUGCAAGGGCGGGAAAAGCAGAAAGCGGCUCCGAAACCUCCCAAAGCCGCACAAGCCCGUCCGCAAGAUCACUUUCCCGCGUCCCUUUUCGGUCGCAGGGUGUCGGCCCCCUUCUCUUUCCGGUGGAAAGCAGCCGAAAGCGAAAGAGCCGCGAGAAAAGAAACUCGAGGCCGGCCCCUUCCUUUGUCCCCAGACCCCGUCAAUUCCCCGCCUGGCGCGCCAAGCCUGGCGAAGGCGGAGGAGUCUUUCCCGCCCUGCCUCGUCGGGGCCGCCGGGGAAAUGGUCCGCCAAACGCUGCUGAGGCUCCUGGAAGAGCUGACGGACGAGGAGCUCCGCACGUUUGUCUUCUUGGCGCAGGGGCUCCCCCACCAGCCGUGCCGCAUCCCGCGCGGGAAGCUGGAGAACGUGUCCCGCGUCCAGCUGGCCGAGCUGCUGCUGAAGUAUUACCCGGGGGUGGAGCUGAACGUCGCCGCGCAAGUGCUGGAGGGGGUCCCUCGGCGAGACCUGCUCAAGAAAUACAACCUCCGCGGGCAGGAAGAGACUCCCCGCGCUGAAGCCGCGCCUGCCGCAGGGACACAUUUGCAAGAACAGCAGCUCCAUGUCAGUGAAAAUUCCAGAGAGGCAACUCCUAGUAUAAACAGCUUGGCAGAGACUGCCCCAGUACAAGGACGAAUCUCAGAGAAGGACCUAAUGAAGCUGGCUAAAAAUCUGGGCAGGAACUGGAGGGCCAUUGGUAUCGAGUACCUGGAGGUGCCAGUGUCACGCCUAGAGCAGAUUGAAGAGGAAAAUCCAGGCAAUGCAGUCAUGCGGAAUUUCUACAUGCUUAAAGUCUGGAAGAACUGUGAGGGAGAGAGAGCCACUCCAGACCGGCUGUAUCACAUCCUCUCUCAGGAAGGAGUGAGUUUGGACCCAGAUGCCAUAAAGUUCCUGAGUUCUUGAAGUCCACACAAGAACCUUGCAAGAUAUGGAUUUCCCCAGGAUAUCCUACACUUCUCACCUCACAUGAAUGAUCUUUAUGAGUGUCUGGUCAAUGUGAUUCGAUAGGGGAAUCAGGUGAUCCCAGUGUGUCUUUUAAAUUGUGAGUUCUGUGGUGGUGGGAGACCUAUCUGUUGUCAGCUUACGAAGUACUGUUCUGUGAACUGUCAUUGUAAGGGUUUAACCUGUGCUGUUCACAUCCCAGAUGCAUGCACCCAGGUAAAAUGCAUUU